GUUAUGGCGCCGUUUCAAACUGUUGUCAAGACGCGACAGGAGAUUAGAGCUUAUUUACAAUUUAAUUGACACCCAGAAAGCGACUUUAUCCGUACAGUUGUUUUUAAAACACACAAAAAGUUAACUGAAGCGAAAUGAGGGAGAACGUGGCACUGGGACUAACUUGAUGUUAGCUAUUCUAAAUUCUGAAGCGGCGUUAGCUCAGUAAUGCUAAUUACACUAAAUAUAGCACAUACAGUAAGUGAUUUAAUAUUUAACAAAUAUUGAUUUCCCACGCCGUAAUGACUCCAUCGUCCCUACAAAGUGCUCCCUCAUUUUUUCUGGGCCAGCAGAGCCAGAAGAAAGACUGGGUGCGUUCCCGCUACGAUCCGGCAGCAGGGAUGUCCAACACCAAGCUGCUCUUCAAUGAAGCCAUCCCUGCAAGUGCCAGCAACCGUGCCUCCCAUGUGGGCCCGCCAGCUCCCAUCGUGAUAGAGAGGCUGCUGCCGCUGUCAGGAGAGCCGGAGAACACGGGCAGCACCAAAAGCUCCUUCAGCUUCACCGCGCUGUCUGAGGAGAGGCUGCAGGCUGCCGUGAAGCUGGCCAAACGAGACCUGCGGCGAAGGCGCCUUGACCGUCUGGCGAGAUCCUCUGCCAGAGAUUCUGAAGAGGCCCCACUCUGUGAGACAAGCGGUGUGGAGCUACUUCAGGAGUCAGCUGUAACUCCAGAGAAAAUAAAGUCAGCGGCCUCCGAUCGUAAAGGGACGGUGAUGCGGCCCUGCACCAAACAUCACACCAUCAAGAAACAUCCCGCUUCCGCCAAUCCACGGGUCGGCCUGUCACCCCCAACCAGAGACCCCGGGCCGCGGCCGGCGGGAGGAGGCAAAGAAGGAGCUCUGAGCCACGAGAUCCACAGGCUGCAGCAGGAACUGGAAGUCCAUAUUAACAAAGUGGAGGCCCUAGCUAAGAGAGCAGGAGAGAAGCUGGAGGAGCCGCUGGAAGCUGAGGAGCAGGCCAAACUGGAGCUCCACAGAAAGAAGCAGGCAGCUCACUCAGCUCGCAUUAUUUAUGUCCUGCAGCAGCAGGUAAAAGAAGUACAAGAAGAGGUAGAGAAAAUCCGAAGUGAGAAAACAUCCGGCUCCAAAAAGACAGAGGCGUUAAACAGGCUGGCAGCAGCCCACCGCAGGGCACUGGGGGCCUUACGGGUUUUUAACCAGCAGCUUUCAGAGGAUUCUGUCAGCAAGGCGCCCCCUCAGUCCAGAGAGCUGGGCCAGCUCGUCCGUCAGCUCUGCCUGUGCUCGGCCAAGCUGGAGGUGGACCGGGGCUCGGCCGUGCCGGAGGCGGCCCUCGACAUCCUGCAGAAACUGGAGACUUUGGACUGUGCUCUCAGUAAACAAGAGCUGCUGGAGAGGCUGCAGGCCCAGACCUGCCCUCCACACAGGAAGUCUGCCCCCCGCAGCGCGUCGCCCCCUGCUGCUCCCAGAGGUCUCAGCACGCCGCGUCUCCGGGGAGCCGGCAGAGCUGCUCAUCCCAGAGGACGGCUCGGCGGUCGGAAAGCGGCCUCCCAGAUGGUGAAAAGAGCCCCUCAUCCGCCCGGGAGGAGGAGGGACCUGCUGAGGGCUGCAGUGGAGAGCCUCUCCCAGCAGAGGGCGCUGAGAGAGCAGCCUGGAGAGAGACAGAAAUCCAGCACAUGCAGAGCUGGACCGCGCUCUGACACACACAAGGCUGGCAUCACGAAGCGUGUUCAGACGCGAGAUGCAGGCUUCCAGCGGCCCACCGUCUCCUCUCGCCUCAGAGUGAACCAGCUCCCGCAGAAAGAGAGCUCAGUGCCCUGGAAGCCCACCUCCCCUCACUCCCCACCUCCCCCCCCUCGCCGCUCCCCAGAGAGGGAGCGAGCGGAGCCCCGCUGCCUCUUCUCCCCGGUGAAGCCGCCACGGAGUCCUCCCAAGCAGCCGGCGCCUCCGGGCCUGGCAGCAGAGCUGGAUUUGAACCCAGAACGGAGGAAAGAGGCUCAGAACGAAGCAUUGAGAACAGCCUGGCUGGACAGGAUGACCACCCAGAGGCUGACAGAGCUCCGCCGACUGAGCGAGGAAGAGGAAGAACGCCUCAGGAGGUUGAGGUCUGACGCCGCCGCUCCAGCCCGGUGGGCGGAGCGAGCGGAGCGGGAGGCCAGAGAGAGAAUCCAGCCGCUCCUGGAUGAAGCUCGGGCAGCCGGCGGCGGCGGGGAGCAGGUGAGCGAGGCCCUGCUGGAGGAGCUGCUGGACGACGCCACGCGUGCGGCGUGGGCCGCCGAGGCGGACGGACGGCUGGAGGACGUGGCUCGGCGCGGGCUGCAGGCCCCCGUCCUGGAGAGUAUGCUGCUCCGCCUGGAGGAAAUACAGAAGGACCAGGAGGAGGUGAGGAGGAGAUUCGCCUCCAUCAGCUACUCAGACCCGCUCUACCGGGACCGAGCAGGAGCAGCAGGACCCUUGAGCCAGGCUCCAGGCUCCAGGCCCGCCUCCCCGCAGCCCAUUAGACUCACACGGCCGGCGCCGAGGCAGACCUCGGUGUCAGACAUCAUCCUGGAGAAGCCAGUGGAAGCUGGCUCCCAGUGUGAGAGCAGCCUGAUGGAGGAGCCGCCCCGGGAUGAGCCGCGGCGCGGGAGCGGCGCCGUCCUCCCGGUUCUGUCGGUGCCGGGGAGCAUGCUGGGAAGCAUCCGGCAGUACCGGGAGGACUACGACUCCCACCUGCGCUCCGCGGCCCGCCGGCCUGCCGGAGGCUUCAACCCCCGGACGGUGGUCGAAAGCGUUGCAGACGAGCUGCUGUCGGAGGCCGUGGCUGACGUGGCGGCGGAGUUCCAGGACGUGGUGGAGCAGUACGCCGAGGCCGUCUUCACCUCCGAGUUCCUGCAGCCGGUGCAGUCUCCUCCCGCCUCGGCCGCGGUCCGACAGUGACGAAACAUCCGGUUUUAAACUGUACAGAAGGAUUUAUAAUGUGUGUGUGUGUGUGUGUGUGCGUGUUUAGCACUUUUGACAGGCAGGUUAUUGCAUUUUAGAGUGAACCACUUCAGUGUUUAUUUUCUGCAGGGAUGGAAAUCUUGAAAGUGAGUUCACAGAUCAGCGCGGCGGCGAGACGCCGUUUGACUCCAUCAGACUCUCUAAUGAAGCGGCUGAGCCGCACAGGGAGCGUUUGUCUCAUUCCUCUUUACCGUCCAUCUGCAUCUGUGACUGAAUUCCUCUGGGAAAGUUAGUCUAGAUGAGAGGGACCGUUACGACAUUACGGAGGAUUAGAAGAUUACUGUCCUCUCUUUGCACUUGGUCUAAAUCUCCCUGAGGAUUACGGUACUCACUCUGCUGUGUAGAAAUCAAUUAAUUGCAUAGUGUUGACAAACUCCAUUAAAGUUCACUGUUCUGUGACUGUUUAUCAUUUUUGCUUUAAAAUCUUAAUAAAGAACGUUUUUACUGCAAA